AUGGGAGCUGCUUAUGAGGCGUUGGCAGUGACACAAAGUGCUCAACUAUAUCUCCUAGUAGGAGUUUUAGGAUUUGUUAUCUAUCUCGUACUCGUACUUUCUUUCUUUUUUGUACCAAAUAUUAAAGCACAACAUCCAGCAGCCGAUCUUGUCGUAUGGCACGCAGGAUGUGGUUUUAUGACGUCCGUUGGGUUCAUUUUGGGUUUUGGAUUCUUACAUGACAAUGACGACAAAGAAUUAUUGCAAUGGCAAUGCUCAUUUCUUGCAUCGUUUAAUCAAUUUUUCUUCCUGGCGGGUGCUUUUUGGUACCUUAUGCUGACAUUGGACCUACUUGUGGCACUUGUAAACCCCUGGAUGGGAUACAGUUGCAAGUCGUGGACAUAUCAUACCAUAGUUUGGAGUGUGAGUGCCGUCUCAGCAUUACUGCUACAUCAGCUCAAACUCUUUGGUCUCUCGUCACUCAAUAUCUGUUGGGUGAAACGCACGAAAGACCCAGCACAAGUGAAUAUGGCCAAUUGGUUCUUCCUAUUUGCAGCUGUGGGUGGCAUUUGUCUCUUGUCACUUGCUGUGCUGCUGUUCGCGAGUUUUCGCUUUGUAAGACGACAACUGGAUGUCACGUAUCGUGCCAAGCGUCGCAAUCUGAUCCAGUACUACCGCUAUCUCUUCAUCUUUGCAGGCCAUUGGGUCGCGUGCGGUGCACUGUACUAUGCUGCAUACCGUCAGGAGUUUGACGGCAGGAUGGCCAAACAAUUUGAGCUUGCAUUUGCGCUGGUCUUUGGGUCAUACCCUGCUCUGCUGCUUAUUGUAUGGGUACUGAACACUGAGUUAUACCAGAAUUUCUCCAGCGAGAACAACCUCUCCAGAUCAGAGCGCGGUGCUAGCGACUUGACGAAUACGGAGCAUUUUAGUGCUGCUCUGCGAAAAGACCUAAUGCGGUACACGACUGCAGGGAUUCGUUGCAGCAUCAGCGAGUCCCCUAUAGAUAGCUUACGCUCCCCGUUACUUAGUCUGACACGAGACCGUUUUGGAUCAUUAGAUCGCACUGCUGCACUGUCUUUUUUGCAAAUGGAAGAGGGCGGAUCGGCCGGUUUGUAUCACGAGAAGAAGCGGUUGGCAACCACAGUGUACAACGGCGAGUAUCGGUACUACGAGAAGUUAGGUUUCACCGACUAUGCGCCGAAAGUGUUCCAGAACAUUCGGGAGAUCUGUGGCAUCGACAACGAAAUGUACGAGCAGUCAUUUGCAGACACGCUGCUGGAGCGCGCAUCGGAGGGCAAGUCAGGGAUGUUGUUUUACUUUACGAGUGACCGCAAGUACCUGGUGAAGACUAUGACGAAGAAAGAGCACUCCUUUCUACUAGAGGUGCUUCCACUGUACCACCAGUAUAUUUUGAAGCAGCCGAACUCGCUCUUGUGCCGGUUUCUUGGCUGCCAUUCGAUGCAACUACCUGUUGGAUGGAACAAAAUGUUUUUUGUUGUAAUGAAGAACAUAUUUCCGGACGGGCCGGUUGACGAACGCUACGACCUAAAGGGAAUAUUUCACCAAUCCAACUUCAGGUACCAGGAAGGUGUCCCAACACCGGUGUCUAGUGACUGGAGCCGGAGUGGCAGGGAAGAAGAAAGAGUUGCGCACACGUUGGAAGAAGACGCUACAGAGUUGAGCGAGAGCCAUAGUGUGGAGAGUGACUUGGAACAUUUUACAGAGAAGCAGCCGCUGCUGCGCCGUGGCAGCUCGCGUCCUUUGCUCCGCUAUGAUAACGAUUUUGUAACUCGCCGAGCUUCACUUCGUGUGAAUCCUACAACCCGUGCGAACUUGCUUGCACAAGUAACUAGCGAUUGUGGAUUUCUUCAAGAGCUAGGAAUCAUGGACUACAGUUGUCUCCUCGGCAUUCGAAACUACAACUAUCACAUUGAACCCGAGAUUAUGGAUAAUCUUGCACAUAAUGCCGUUGUUUCGGCCGAUCAGUCUACCGUUUACUACCUGGGAUUCGUGGAUAUAUUGCAACAUUACAAUAUUGGAUGGAAAAUGCAGCAUUGCUUGCUGGCUACGGUAGUGGACAAGCGACGAAUCACGGCGCUUCCUCCUGCUGAGUAUGCACUGCGAUUUUUAAAUUUCAUCCACGAGUAUCUGCUGCGAGACCUAGAAGGAUCACAAGUUCGUUCAUACGGGAGCAUAGGACACUCGCCCUCCAAUUUUUUUAUUCGCUAG